UAAUAGAAACGCGACAAAGCAUAAACAAUAUGGCUGCGAAAAGGAAAGCAGACGAUGUUAACUUGAAAGGGUCUUCGCGCAACUGUACCGAACCUUUCCGUUUGCCAUCGAUUGUGAUAGAUGGUCGACAUGUACGAUUUAUUAUGAUGGGAGAAAACAGCUUGUUUUAUAUAUCAGAGAAUCUUUUACAGAAUUGUCAGCAGCCAUUGUUCUUGGGUACGGAUGUCCUUGCAGGUAUAAAACAGGAUACCAAAAACCACACCCGCAUCCAUGCCCGAUUUGCCACACAGGGUCUUGCAACAAAACUUGUAUUCACAGAUGUACGGAUUGAGGGAAUCAACAACAGUGGGACAGUAUGGUUCUACAGCAUUCAGGGCAUGUUUCAGGCAGUGUUUGAGUAUCAUGCAGUCAGCGUGCAGCGUCACUGCUUACAACACCUUACAGAUGUAUGGCUGAAAACUAGUUCAGGUGACCUCUUGGCAGAAAUGUACAAUAUUUCUCCAACAAACUUGAUACUGUCUAUGGGCCUUGACUGCCCCCUGGGCUCAAGAACUCCAUUGUGUGGACUAUCUCAAAUGAAGUCUGAAAACAAACAUUACAGUGAGAUGCCAGAAAGAGAAGAAGUGUUAGGAAAAAGUGGAAAACGGAUGUGUGAUUUAAUUUCACUAUGGAUAGAAGAUGCCAGCAGACUAAGGGAGGGCAUUUCAACCAAUGAAGAGAAGAUGGAUUAUCAAAAGGAAAUACCCAAAACAUCAGGCCUUCGGAAGUCUAAAGUGGAUAAAACCAAGGAAGACACAAAUGAAGGAAGAUUUAGUGAAGGAUCUGUUACCGAUGAAAUAAAAAAGAUCAGUUUUACUACUCUUGUGUUAGAUUUUCUCCAUAAUGCUCUGAAAAUUCUUCAAAUUCCUAAAGACAUGUCCUUUAUGUCACAGCUCAUGCAGCUGUUGACUUCUGCCUUGGACAACAGUUUGGCAUCAGAUCAUGCAUCAGGGGACAGUUUUGGACUUGGUCCAGUUCACACAGCUGUGCUCACAAGCAUCAGCAAGUGGCUUGGUGACGAAUUUCACCAUCUGGAAGCAGCCAUAUCGAGCAAGGUGACCUCUUUUAAACAACGAAACAUUAAUUCCAUUGACAAUCUUCCCCCAGCAGAGCAAGUUGUAAAUGAAAUUUUCCCGUCAUGUAUGAUUCAGUUGGUUAGCACUUGGAUUGGGCUUACAGAACUUCAGUCAGCUGACUCUUUACAGAUGGACCAUAAUUAUGGCCACAAAAGAAGCAUGGGAGAGCGACCUACAGGUCUAAACAGGAACCUGUACCCAGUAAUCCAGCACAUUCUUGAGUUAACCAACAAUUCUUUAGUCAGUGGUGUUGCCCAUGUAGUGUAUUGUCAACUGCGUCAUGCAUCGUGACACUGACUAUUAUCACUUCUAUCUUUUCCUAAUCUCCUCCAGAAAAAAUAUAUCAGAAUAACAAUUACAAACGAUUAAAAUCAACAAACAUGGACUCCAGAGGGCCGAAGAAAACGAGGCUGCCCAAAGGAAACUUGGAGAAGAACAAUGGAAAGGGAGAUGAAAG